UUUAAUAGCAGUUUUAAAUUUGUAGAAGAGGUAGGUGAGGUAGAGAAAGUAAAAGAAGUAGAGGAGCAGGUUGAAACAUCCUGUGGAAUUUUACAAGUUGCUUCACCUUCACCAACUGAUUGUCUGAGUUCUUUAAAAUCCUGGGUUAUAGAUGAUGAUAAUGAGAUGAUAUUAACAAAAUUACGCACUUUUUCAAUUGACUGUUUAAUAGAUGAUAAACCAGUU